AAAAGAAUGCUUAUGGGAAUUGAUUAAUCUUCUUGAAGAAUUAUUUGAAUCUUCAGAUCCAAUUCAGCAUGAUUUGCUUAAAAAUACUACUCAAAAUAAUAGCAAAGGAUUUAAAAAUCUUUUUAAUUGUUAUGAGAUAAGAAAAAAUCACAUGUAUUCAAUAUAUAAACAGGAUAUAGCAAAAACAGGGAAAUGUACAACAAAAGGAUGUAGAGCUAGCAAUAUUGUUAUAGAACAUUCUAGCAACUAUAAAAAACAAGAAUCAGAGCGUCCUGCAAAAAGAGUAAAAACAAAUACAUCUACUUUACCUAGUAUAAACACAACUACUUCAUCGAAUAUAAUUAAUUCAUCAUCACUUCAACCAAAUAAAGAAACAUGCUAUUUACAAUAA